GGUAGCAGUGUAGUGUUUGGUAUACUUAGGUUAGAAUAGCUAUUUUCAUAAUUAAAAAUAUUCGUGGUAAAUCUGAAUGUCAUGUGAUUAGUACGACAUUUUUCGAUAUUAAUAGUGAUUAAUAUUCGAAUGAAAGUUUAUUGAUCUAAAAUAUAUUUUUUGUGGUGAUAUAGUAUAUGUUGAAGGUUGUCAAAAUAUCUAUCAACUGUUCUUCUGUCAAAUGAUUUUUAUACGACUUUGAUAAAAAAAGAUAAAUAAUUUAAAUUGCAACAAUAUUAACGAUAUUUCAUGCAUUGAAAAUGGCCGCGAGUGAACCAGGUGUAUCAUUACUUUCUAGAGAAGAUAAUAAGUGGAGAAAAGAUUUAAUUUUUCAAUUACAAGAAAGGAACAAGAGACAAACAUAUUGUUUUGCAGAUCUUAUUAGUUUACAUAAUAGAUUGUUUGAAAGUGCAAAUACAUUACGUGGAGAAAAUAUUCAGCUAACUAUAGCAAAUGAAACUCUACGUCGUGAAGCAGCAAGUGGGACUCCUGGUUUAAGUGUAAAUGCUGAUCUUGAAGCUCGACUUCUAAAGCAAGCAGAAGAAUUAGCAACAUUACAUAAAAGAAAAGGAGAACAUACACAACAAAUAGUAGAUCUCAAUAAUAAAUUACAAGAAAUGAUAAAAGAACUUCAAGUUAAGGAAACAAAUCUUGCAGAAAGUAUAGAGCUUAAUACAAAUUUACGUUUAGAAAUAUCUAAAUGCCUUAACAAAGAGAAGGAAUUGGAAAGCAUUAAUCAAAUGUUAAAAGAUGAGCAUCAAGCUUUGCAACUUGCUUUUGCAUCUUUAGAAGAAAAGCUUAGAAAAACACAGGAAGAAAAUCGUCAAUUAAUAGAACGUUUGAUUAAAUACAAAACUCGAGAUGCAGAAAAAGUGAAUGAAGAAAAUGACAACUUUUUGAAUGAGAGUUUUUCCAGUCCGACAGCCUUUUUGAUGCAUACCAUAUCAAAAUUUGGAAAAAGGCAAGCAAAGGUUCAAAAAGAAUUAGAAGAUGCUGCACGUGACACACGACCAGUUAGUCCUGAUAGAUCGAGUUUAAAAGAAGGAAUCGCUGGUCUUCCUACUGCGGUACCGACGAAAGUAUCCGUCACGUUUACUGCACACGACGGAGAAGUUUAUGCCGUAAAAUGGUCUCCCGUCGAGAGGAUGCUUGCCACCGGUGGUGCUGACAGGAAGGUGAAGCUUUGGAAUAUCUCAAAAGGUGCUUCAGAGAGCAAAGGUAUUCUCGUUGGUAGCAAUGCUGGAGUGAUGUGCGUCGAUUUCGAUUCUACAGGAACAUUGAUCCUUGGAGCAUCGAAUGACUACGCCAGCCGAGUAUGGACUGUCAGUGACUUCCGAUUAAAGCACACUCUAACGGGCCACUGCGGGAAGGUGAUGGCUGCGAAGUUUCUUGGCGAGCCUUCAAAAGUAGUUACUGGCAGUUACGAUCGUACCCUAAAAAUUUGGGACCUGCGUAGCAAAGCGUGUAUAGAAACAAAGUUUGCGGGUUCGAGUUGCAACGAUCUUGUAACUUCAGACGGUGCGGGCUCUACAAUAAUUAGCGGCCAUUUUGACCAUAGAAUUAGAUUUUGGGAUACAAGAGCCGAGUCCAGCUCAAAUGACAUUUUAUUGGAAGGAAAGGUCACUUCGUUGGAUUUAUCUCGUGAUGCAAAUUACCUUUUGAGUUGUGUCAGAGAUGAUACGUUGAAACUCAUCGAUCUGCGGAUGAAGAAGAUCAUUGGAUCAUUUAGCGCCGAUGGGUUUAAAGUCGGUUUCGACUGGACACGAGCCACUUUUAGUCCAGAUGGUCAGUACAUAGCGGUUGGUUCUUCAGACGGGUCCGUUUUCAUUUGGUCUGUCGCCACUAACACGAUUGAGACUGUGUUGAAAAACCAUUCAGCUGUGGUGACAGCAGUUUCUUGGCAUCCGCACGGCACCUAUUUCGCAUCUGUGGACCGUGCAAAAACUGUGACAAUAUGGGGCGACCAUGUUUAACAGGACAAACAAUCCCAGGAUAGACGAUUGUUUCGCGUAACGAAGGUCAGCUUGUUCUUUCGUUUCGAGAAUGAACUUUCGUCGAAUCGAGAAAUGUAAAAUCCCCGAGCGUGGCGCGCAGCUCCAUAGAAGGAGAGGUCGAGAGCACAAAGGACAGACCGGUGCGGGAUACUGAAAAAUCAGCGGGUUGUGGGCGCACGGGUUUGUAAAGAAAUAACCAUUUCCAGAGAUUGUACAAAGCGUGGCUACCGCGAUGAACAAAUUCACCCACGGUGGAUUAUUAUUGUACAUAAAACUGCACUGAUUGUUGCCCUCCCCAAGGUUGUAAAGAUCUCCCCCCUUCCCCUCCCCCCUCCCUCCCCCUUUUUUUAGGGUAAUACCGGCGCCCCACAACCCUCUCCUCCUCACUUCGAACCACGUUUCGAACAGAUUAUCGUAGUUAUCCCCUUUUUUCGAGAUUCGCUAGAAUACACUCCUUUUACUUCUAAGAGACUAUUUUUCAAUCGUUUCAAUCGUCUGUGUCGGUAGACGAGAUCGCUCCUGUUGGAUUACUUUUCGCGAGAAACUAUAAAACACGGUUGCUUCUUCUUUCUUUCUCAUCUGGCUCGACACAAUUUCGACACUCGUCGUGAGAUCGUCUUUCAAUUUCUUCUCGUUUGUUUCUAUGCGAGCUUUUCCUUUUUUUCUUUUGACAUGAUUCGUGAGAAAUACUUUUUCAUUGAUAUUUGAACGUUUAUUUUUAUUAUGUAAGUUAUUUCCAAUAACUCGACAAUGGUUUCUUUUUUCGGUGCAGUUUAGCAAGAAACGAUAUUAAAUUAGAGAAUUAACAAGUCGAUUAGAUUACAGAUUAUUAUUACAGUUUUAGUAAUUAUACGGAAUAUAUUUAUCGUUAUUCUAUAUCAUAUUGUAUAUACGAUGCAAUCAAUUUUAUUCGAUAAGAAAUUUUCAAUAAGAAUGAACUAUUAACAGGUUAUUUUUAUGAAGUAUUUAUAUUAAAAUUGAAAUUCAAAAAAAAUUUAUACUUUUUCUUUGGUUUACAUUUUCACGAGGAGUCACUCUUUGCCCAGUGAAUAACGGCGAGUCACUCUGUAUAUUAAAUAGAAUAAUCAAAUGAUUCGAUACGAGUCUCUAUAAAUGAUUUUAUUUUUAAACGGAAUCAGAGAAAAUCUCGGUAUUAAAAAAAAAAAAAAAAAAAUUAGAUAGAUAGAAUUCUGAUAUUAGAAUAUUCUGUGUAUAAAAUGUAUAAAAUUUUAUAAACGAUGUAAUAUUAGCGUGUAAGUAUUACAAAAGAUUUGUACAAUGAAGAAACGAGAAGAAACUUUUAAAAUGAUCUAACGGAAAAAUAUUGCCCGAUUGAACGAAAAAUUCUGAUUCGUUUAUAACCGAUCUUGAUGAUUAAUCACACGGGUCACGAGCAAUGUUUUCUAUGUUACUAUCUCGAUGUGGAAAAUGAAAAAAAAAAAAAAAAAAAAAAAAAAANAAAGAAAAAAUCUAUCCGUGUGUGAGUCGGUCCAUAGAACAAGUUUGUUAAUUGCCGAAGCAACCGUGAAAUCGAGUCUACUCGAAGUUCUCCAACGUCAGCGAGUUUUGAACGUUUUUAUCGUAAGUCUGAUAUAGGGCGGAAGUGGAUGUACUCGUUUUAAACGGAGAAGCACAAUAAAGUUCUAAUACUGAUACUGAGUAAAUUGCAUUAUACAAAGUUUGAUCGACGAUUACGUGACGAAUAAUAUAUACUUUCUCUCGACUUUAUAUUUCU